ACGAGAGACUUGCUUCUUCAUGGUUUCGAUGGCUAUAUGGACUUUGCAUUUCCACACGAUGAGUUGUCUCCCUUGACCUGUGUUGGGAGGAGCAAGGACCCUGACGUCCUCAAUCAUGGCAUCAACGACAUUUGCGGGGGCUUUUCUAUGACCUUGAUUGAUUCAAUCGAUUCUCUGGCCGUUAUUGGAGAUAGAGAGCGCUUCGAGACUGGUGUUCGAAAUGUGAUCGCGGUGGUCGACUUUGAUCAAGACAGCAAGGUACAGGUGUUUGAAGUCUCUAUACGCGUACUUGGUGGCCUUCUCUCUGCGCAUCAACUUGCCUCUGGCGAAAUUGCCCUGCUGGACAUGAGGCUGGACUGGUAUUCUGGCGAAUUACUAGAUCUUGCCAUAGACCUUGGCAGCAGGCUGCUUCACGCUUUUGAUACCCCGACAGGACUACCAAGGCCAAGAGUCAACUUGCAAUCUGGGACUGCUCAGUUUGCGCCAUCAGAAACGAAUGAGACAUGUGCGGCCGGUGCCGGUAGCCUUAUCCUCGAAUUUGCUCUGCUGAGCCGAUUAUCAGGCAUUCCCGCGUUUGAGGCUGCAGCACGAAAAGCGUUUCAAGCAGUGUGGUCUCGGCGCCUCGAUUUAGGACUUGUCGGAAGCGCGAUUGACUCGCAAACUGGGCAGUGGCUCAAUUCCUACACUUCCGUCGGUGCAAGUGUCGAUUCCUUCUACGAGUAUGCGCUCAAAGCAUGGAUAUUGCUAGGUGAUGAUUACUAUUUGGACGUCUGGCAGAUAUCCAGUCAGGCUAUUCAGGAUCACAUUGUGGACGAUUCUGGCUUCUUGCUCCGCACUGUCCAUGUGCAAAACGGGUUUCCGCUUGCGGGUCAUGUCGAUUCGUUGUCAGCAUUCUAUCCUGGGCUCUUGGUCCUUGCAGGUGAGCUUGAACAGGCAGUCAAGUUGCACUUCACCUACGCCGCUUUGUGGAAGCGCUAUCGUGCCAUCCCAGAGCGAUACGACUACGUCAACAAAGCGAUUAGUCUCCCGUUCUACCCUCUUCGGCCGGAAUUUGUUGAAUCAACAUAUCUUCUAUACAGAGCCACCAAGGACCCGUAUUACCUCGAUCUUGGUCGUCAAAUAUUGCAUGACCUCAAGGCCCUCAAGACAGAGUGUGGAUUCGCUGGUCUAGGAGACGUGACGACUGGUCGACUCGAAAAUCGGAUGGAGUCGUUCAUGCUUUCAGAGACUUUGAAAUACCUCUUCCUCCUAUUCGAUGAUCGCAAUCCAUUACAUGGUAAUCGAAUGCGUGAUCCCUGGGUGCUAUCUACCGAAGGACACAUGCUGAGCAUGCCA